AUGUCACUCUUGACACUACCGAACGAGCUGCUGGAGACGAUACUGGACUUCGUGCCUAGCAACGCCGACCUGAGUAGCUUGUGCGCAACCCACUCAACCAUAUUCAGUGCGGCGGUUGUACAUCUCUACGAGAGAAAUCACUUGUACGAAAACGGAUCCGCGGUGACGUGGGCCGUGAAGAACGAGCAGCUUGAGACGGUCCAGCGAGCAACCAGUGUUGGAGUCGACAUCGUCCGGCUGCACCACCUUACCAGAGCCGCCGCGUUCGGCCAGUUCGACAUAUUCCAAUGUCUGUGGGAUGCCAAGGCCAGCUAUGGCGGCUUCCAUAACCUCAACAGGGAUGAAGACGGCGGCUGCCCGCUCCUGGCAGGAGUUACCGCGGGCAACUAUCGGAUCGUCAAGACGCUGUUGGAUACGGAGAGGGUCAACGUCGAAGCUCGUGACGCAUCUAGCCUGACCCCCCUGCACAUCGCAGCGCAAAACGCAAACGACAAGCUUGUGAAGCUGCUUUUGGAGCACGGUGCCGACCCCAUGGCCUGCGACAGGCAGGGACGCGUCCCCCUGGCAAUGGCGGCGGCUCCACACAACACUCCCACUGUUGCUGUGACGAGGAGCCGAGAUAGCAUCAUGCAGUGCCUGAUUCUGCUACUCGGAUACGGGGCCAAGCUCGAGUACAAGGAGGGCGGCGGGGAGACGGCACUCUACGCAGCGGCAGCCUCCGGGCAAUGCGAUGCCGUCCACGUCCUCGCCGGCUUCAACGCCGAUGUCAACAGCACCGAUGGAACUGGCCACACGGCUCUGCACACGACGAGCCUCUACCUUGGGAAGCUUGAGAUGACGCGCAUGCUUCUCUUCCACGGCGCCGACCCGAACAUAUUGAACUGGGAUAGGCAGAAUGCCCUGUGGAUGACACGGAUGACGAAGGAGCCGGCGCAGAUUGCCGAGUUCCUGCUCCAGAACGGCGCCAAGAUGGUUGUGGACAUCAGGAGGAAGACACCGCUUCACAAUGCCGGAGCUGUCGGGUCGGCGGACCUCGUGUCGGUCUUGAUGUCCCACGGAGCCGAUAUACACGCGCUGGACAUGAACGACUCGACGCCGCUGCAUACCGCGGUGGUUGAGCCCAGUUCCAGCGCUGUCAUCAAACGGCUGAUCCAGUACGGCGCAAACGUGGAGGCAAAGAACAACAGAGGCGAGACGCCCCUGGCUUGUGCGAUGGAGCAUCAGCCUGCGCACGUCAUCGAGUAUAUGCUCCAGAAGGGCUCCGACCCCAAGGCAAUGACGAGAUCCGGCGCACCGGUAUUGUUUGAGGCUGUACGGCGAGAGUCUGUUGAACUGAUCAAGAUUCUCAUCCACUAUGGCGCGGAUCUGCGAGCAGUAAAUGCUGAAGGGCAGGGCUUGGUGCAGUGUGCUUGCAAGACUGGAAACCCAGCACUGGUCAAGUUCCUGUUGAGCAUCGGGACGGAAUUUAACACGGCCGACAAGAAAGACUGCACUGCGCUUAUGACGGCCGUGAAGACGGAGUCUGUCCCCAUCAUCAGCAUGCUCCUGAAGAUGGGAGCCAACGUCAGCACGGCGGACAAGACGAAGACGACGGCCAUGCACUUGGCCGCCCAGAGAGGGUCGGUGGUGGUCACGGAUAUGCUCCUCCGGCACCACGCCCCCAUCAACCCAAAAGAUAGCCAGAGGCAAACACCACUCAGUAUUGCGGCGGCAGCAGGAGACGCGAAGCUGGUCGAGUUUCUCCUGCAGAACGACGCGGACUUUAAUAUUGCCGACAGCAAGGGCAACACGCCCUUGAAGCUGGCCAUGGAGAAGGAUCACGAGGAGGUUGUUGAUCUCCUCGUUAUCAAGGGAGCCACCAUAAGGAGCGCGGGAUUAAAAGGCAGCAUGAGAAGCUUUUUGAGAUAG